CUACUAGCUCCUCCCCUUUAGUCCGCUAGGCACUGUACCGUAAGGAGCCACUAGUGCCAUGGGUCUGGCUGCGGGGCUGGCACGGAGGAUGAUGCCCCACCUGUAUAUACAGGAGCCCCUGAGCGCCCACCAACUGAAGCGGCUGGAGGAGCACAAAUACAGCGCGUCUGGCCGCUCUCUUGUGGAGCCCCCUAUGCAAGUGUAUUGGAACUGGCUGGUGGAGAAGGUCCCCCUAUGGCUGGCUCCCAAUACUAUCACUAUGGUGGGACUGCUGCUCAACGUCAUCUCCACACUUAUACUUGUCUGUUAUUGUCCCACAGCAACUGAAGAGGCUCCAUUUUGGACAUACCUGCUUUGUGCUAUAGGGCUUUUUGUUUAUCAAUCAUUGGAUGCAAUUGAUGGCAAACAGGCUCGGAGGACAAAUAGCAGCUCGCCGCUUGGUGAAAUGUUCGAUCAUGGAUGCGACUCAAUCUCUAUAGUAUUUGUUUCUCUGGGGACAAUAGCUGCUGUCCGGCUUGGAACCCUCCCUGGAUGGAUGUUCUACUGUUGCUUUGUGAGCAUGUUCAUGUUUUAUUGUGCUCAGUGGCAGACCUACGUAUGUGGCACUCUGAAGUUUGGCGUAAUUGAUGUCACUGAACUCCAGCUUUCUGUUACAGCAAUGUUUGUCAUGACAGCUUUUUUUGGCGCAGCAUUAUGGGAUUAUGAGAUCCCCUUCACUGGCCUACCUAUGAAAACAUUGCCACUUCUAGGAAUAAUAGGAGGAACGGUUUAUUCUUGCAGUAACUAUUUUAGAGUCAUUCUCAGUGGAGGAGUGGGUAAAAAUGGAUCCACAGUUGCAGGAACUAGUGUGCUAUCCCCUGGCUUACAUAUUGGACUUGUUCUCUUACUGGCAUUAAUGAUUUACCAGAAAUCAACAACAAACCUGUUCCACCAAAAUCCAUGCCUCUAUACACUAGCAUUUGGAUUUGUGAGUGCCAAAAUCACUAUUAAGUUAGUGAUAGCUCAUAUGACUAAAAGUGAAAUCUCACUUCAAGACACAGCAUUUAUUGGCCCGGGACUGUUAUUCUUCAACCAGUAUUUCAACAGCUUCAUUGAUGAAUAUAUUGUGCUGUGGUUAGCACUGGCUAUUUCUUUGGCGGACUUGCUGAGAUACUGCAUAAGCGUUUGCCUGCAAAUUGCAACACAUCUGCGAAUAUCUGUCUUCAGAAUCUCAUCUAAUCAAGCUGCUGAGCAGGUGGAAGUUAUUCCUUGCGAGAGCCAUCAGCAUAACAUUGACUGAAGAGCCUUUCGAACACUGGGCGUCUCUUUCCGUUGCCGAUAGAAGAAAAGCAGCAACUAAUAAUCUAUUUUUAUAUUUAUUUACUCUAUUUUUAUAAAAUGUUGGCUGCAGUAAACUUGUAAUGUGUAAAAAUGUACAAUGUGAAAUGUCAUUGAUUCUGUUUAUUGCAGGGUUUCUACUUACUGUUUCCUCCAUCAGUUUUCUGUAGGAAAGCCAUUUCCUUUAUUAGCUCAGGGGUCUGUUUACUUAAGAUAUCUUUUAGUAUGUUAUUGAAUGGGUAGUUCUUUGCAACUUCAAUUGUUCUUCAUGUUUUUAUUAAUUAUAGGUUUUAAUUUAUUUACCAUCUUCUUCUGCCCCUUUUCAGCUUUCAAAUGAAGGGGUGGGGGGGGGGGGGGGUUUAGACCCCAGCCACCCAAAAACUAUUGCUCUGUGAGGCUACAGUUUUAUGUUACGUUUAUUAAUUAUCUUUAUAUUCAGGCCUCUCCUAUUCACAUUACAGUAUCACAAUCAUACCACUGCCUGGUUGCUAAGGUAAUUUAGACCCUAGCAACCAGAUAGCUGAUGAAAUUCCAAACUGCAGAGCUACUGAACAAAUAACUGAAAUAUUUUUAAAAACCACAAAUAACAAAAAAUGAAGACCAACUGCUAGUUAUCUGACAAUAUCACUUAAAAGUUCGUUUUAAGAUGAACAACCCCUUUAACCAAGAAAAAGAACCUUGAAUAGAGAAUGACCAAAGGCAGUGGAGUGUGGGUAUGUCAGUGAAAACUCAGAAAUCCCCCAUAGGCUGAUUUUAUAUUUGCAAAAUCUCAUAAAUUGUAUGUCAUGUGACACAAUCACUAAAGAACAAUGGUAAGUGAUGCCAUCACCAAACACCAUUUAUAAGGAUAUUUAUGGCUCUUCUUUAUUAUAUAUUAAUAUUAGGGCAGCUGGUUGUCAGGCAAUAGAAAAGUUAUGUAAGGGGUAUUAAUAUGCUAUAUUGGGGUUUCUUUGUAUAAUUUCCUUACUGACCAUUUUUAUGCAGAUAAUCACUGGCACUGCCCACUAUAUAAGGAAUGGUGUAUACGAGUAUUUGCUUCUCUGCACGGUUUUCUCUUUUUGUCUUCUCUAAAUAAGCUGACAAGGUGAGAGAGACCUGUGCAAAAAGCCUUUAGAGAAACCUGCUGCAUCACUAAACCCUUUUAUACUGGCCAGUAUAAAACUGCUUAUAUUAUGAAAACUAGAAAAAAAUAUGUAAAUUGCAAAACUGUUUAGAAGAACACUAUGAGCAAUUUUACAUUUUAAAAUGCCUUCUCACGUCAAGAUAUUGCAUAUGUAUAUAGUAUUUAUUUCAUCUUUGCAAAUAUGACAAUACACUGCAUAAAUUGAUUUUUUUUUUCUUAAUAUUUGGUAAAAAGGUCAUAAUGUAUAAAGAUUUAUAUUAUAUGGCAUUGAAAUACUGAAGCAAAUUCUUUUAAGAAACAGACUAGAUGUCCUUAUCUUGACACUGUGUGCUUUGUUACCCAGAGACCCAUUGCUGUUAGGGUGGGCACAUACUUUCAUGUCAGUAGGUAGUAUGGCUGCUUGAAGGUUUGGCAGAUUCAUGGUAGCUGCAUCCUGCCACCAACCCCAGGGCCUUUACCUGCUGUAUACAACGGCCUACCCCGAUUUAAGAAGAAGUGGUCCUGCUUGGGGGUCAUAGGACCUGGAAAAGCAGAAGAAAGAUUGCGCAAAAAAGUAUCCUGUGUAAUCUGACACAGUAAUAAUAAUCUGUUCAUCAGGUCCUUGCUUUCCUUUUAUUUUGCCCGUAAUAUACACAGCGUAGGGUUAAAGUACAAGAAUAUAAUUUACUGUGCACAGAAAAUGUCAUCAGCAAAUGGCCUGAAGGGGACGUCUCACUACUUGUCUCACCUAUGGCAGUAACUAUUGCCUUCAGAAAAGCUUCACUAUAUAGUAAUCUAAAGCACAUGGUGCUGUUCUUAUGUCUUAAAAUAUGUAUUUCUCUAUUCAGCCAGGUCAGCAUUAUAUUUGUAAGUGCAAAAUCACAAUUUUAAAUAAACUUGGAACAAAUAUUUGGGCAAUGAAUAUAUUCAUUGUAAAUGUGUACUGUAUUAGUCUUAUGUUACAACUAUUAUAACGACUUGUCCUUAAAAUGCUUAUUCCUGUUCAACAAAAAGUGUUUCUUUAAUAAAUGCAACUAAUGUAAAACACCUUUAA